AUGAAGUCUUUUAUUGGUCGUACGCUCGCUUUGCUGCAAGCACCUCUCAGCCCAGCAAGUCUUCAACCCACUUCGAAUCGAUGUUCCGUGACGACUCUCGCGAAACCCGACAUCUUCGGAGCUAAGAUCAUUGAUGUUUCUGCUCGCGAGGUCAAUCUCUAUUCAAGCAGUGAUGAACAAACGUUGGGAAAGAGCGAAUCGGGCGAUUUGAACUUUUGCAACGUCACCGUUACUUACACUCAUCCCGGACAACACGAUACGAUACAUGUCACGGUUUGGCUUCCGCUCGAAGAAUGGAAUGGCAGGUUCAUGGCUGUUGGAGGCGGAGGCUGGAUCACUGGUCACCCAUAUUUGAGCCCUCAGAUCAAAUUGGGCUAUGCUGCUGCCAGUACCGAUGGUGGUCAUGGAUUGGAACGCUCUGCGGCGUCUUGGGCUUUAACAAGUCCUGGUAAUGUGAACUGGAAUCUACUGCAAGACUUUGCAUACCGAGCGCUUGACGACAUGGUUCUCAUUGGCAAAGCCGUCACGACAUCUUUCUAUGAUACUGCACCAAAGUAUUCCUACUGGAAUGGAUGCUCGACGGGAGGUAGACAGGGUCUCAUGCUUGCACAGCGUUCCCCUAGUUUGCUCGAUGGCAUUCUAGCAGCUGCUCCUGCUGUUGACUGGCCUACCUUUGUCACCUCUGCUUUUUGGGCCCAGCAACGCAUGAACCAGAUAAAGGUGUACCCAUCGACUUGCGAACUCAUGGCCUUUAGAGCCGCCGCCGUCGAGGCUUGCGAUGACCUUGAUGGACUGGCCGACGGCAUCAUCGGAGCACCCGGUCUGUGCCAAUUCGAUCCACACUCUGUUGUUGGCAAGAAAAUCGACUGCGACAACGUCAAGGAACUCACCUCUGCAGGCGCUACCAUAGCUCACGCAGCAUGGAGCGGGCCCGUUGAUGCCGAUGGCAAAGCCUCUUGGUUUGGUGUCAACCACGAUGCACUCCUUCGAUCAGCCGAAGAUACCUAUGUAGUCGGCAACGGCAGCACAAGAGGCAAGACCAUUCCCGAGGAAUGGGUUAGUCUGUUUGUCAAGAAAGAUCCAGCGUACGACACGACAAAGAUGACAGACGCAGAGUUCUUCUCCGUCCUCAAGGCCUCACAGAGGGACUAUGAUUCGAUUCUCGGCACACAUUGGCCUGAUCUAUCCGAGUUCCGUGAUGCAGGCGGCAAGAUGAUCACAUGGCAUGGUCUUGCCGACGACCGUAUUCCACCUAACGGCACCUCACAUUACUACGACCAAGUGCUUGCCGCCACCUCGAAUGUCUCGGACUUCUACAGAUAUUUCGAAGCUCCGGGUGUCGCGCACUGCGCGGGAGGAGCUGGACCUGUGCCAGACGCUCAUAAGGACUUGGUCAGGUGGGUUGAGGAGGGCAUCGCUCCUGACACUCUGAGAGCCUUCGAUCAGCAUGGAAAGGGCACUGUCAGAGAGCUGUGUCAGUAUCCGCUUGUUCAGCGUUUCGUUGGAGGUGAUCCGAAGGUCGCAUCUUCAUUUGUAUGCUCUACUGGAUUCGUUUGA